AAAACCAGAUAUCUGAAGAAACACCAGAACGGCAGAGGUUUUUCCACAGCAGUGCUUUAGUUACUGCUGGCUGCUGUAGCGCUGAGAUGGACAGUAGACCGUAGCUUAGCUUCGAUUUUAAUGAUUCACACUUAAUUACGGCAGCUUUAGAGUAGUUCUGAUAUAGAGCAGUCUAGCUAUAGAGCAGUAUAGCUAUAGAGCAGUCUAGCUAUAGUGAGGUCAGUGAGAGCACAAGGACGUUAGCUUACAGAUGUAGAACCAGAGAGAGGUCAGUCCAGUAGACAGUUUACAGAAAAGGCAUGCUGGGAUGUUCAGAAAAAAGAAAGUAAAGAAGUUAAAGCAGGGCAGUGACGGUGGACAGCUUUUGCCUCUUGUGCCACUUAAACAUGGUCAAGAUGAAAUUAUGGAGAAGGAGACGAGUCCACUCUGUGCUGCGGACAUCAUUGCCGAGCUGAAGAGGAAGUUUGCCUUCCUGUCAGGGGGCAGAGGUCAAGAUGGCAGCCCAAUCAUUAUUUUCCCAGAAUUCACUUCAUUUGGUGAGAUUGGAGACCAGGAGUUCCACAAUGUUCUGACCUACCUGACGAGUGUUCCCAGUUUGAGUGCAUCAGGGGUGGGCUUUAUAUUGGUGAUUGACAGGCGCCAGGACAGAUGGGCCUGCAUGAAGGGAACGUUACUCCGUAUCUCGGGCCACUUUCCAGGGAACCUGCGACUGGUUCUGGUGCUGCGGCCCAGCACUCUCAUCCAGCGCACUCUCUCAGACGUCCUCUUCAAACUCCACAGAGACGACUUCAAGAUGAAGGUGCCGGUCAUCGUGUUGAGCUCAGUGGCUGAGCUGCACACUUAUAUAGAGAGGAGUCAGCUGACUCUGGAGCUGGGUGGCACUCAGCAAUACUGCCAUCAAACCUGGAUCUCCCACCGCACAGACAUAGAGGGCUUUGCUUUGCUGGUGAAGAGGAUGGCACACAGGCUGCAGGCUUUUGGCAGGGAACUGGCGGAGACGGAUCUGCCUAACUCCCCCCUAGCAACCAGCAAUCUGCUCAACACACACUGCAGCAAGAGAGAGAGCAUGAAGGAGGAGAUGGCAGGAGCUCUCAGUCAGGGGCGUAAGAUCUUGGAGAAUAUUCGGGAGCCAGUGCGCAGGGAUCCAGACAGCAGCUUGAACCCAGACCAGCUGGAGAACCUGGCUACUGUUCACAGGUUAUUGUCUCAGUUAAACGAGAGCUCGUCGGCAUUUGAUGAUUUCUGGCUGCAGCAUCAGAACAAACUGGAAAUGUGUCUGAAACUGCGGCAAUUUGAGCACAACUUUCAGCAGGUGUGGGAGGAGCUCGAGCAAGCAACGAAUAGAGUGUCGGCUUCCUCGCAUGUAGGAAUGAGCCCCAAUCACACAGAACAUCUUCUCAGAGAGCUGACCAGCCAGGAAGAGAGAGCAUGUGAUCUUCUGGACAGGUCGAGGGCUCUGGUUGCUGAGGGUGAAGGUCUGAUUGACAGCUGUGAGUUUGCUGACGAUGGUGUGAGGGUGAAAUGUGGUGAGCUUCAGAGAGCAGGAGAGAAACUCCCACAGCAGCUCCAGAACAAGAGAGCUCUACUGAUGCAGGCCAUGGAGCUCCACCAGAGACUGCAGAGUGUGUCUAAAUGGUGUGAGGAUGGAAUUUACAUGCUGGCCUCUCAGCCACUUGACAGAUGUCAGUCACAGGAGGGGGCGGAGUCUGCACUGCAGGAGCUGGAGGGGUUUCUAGAGACGGCCAGUGAGAGGCAGGAGUGGGACAUGGAUGCGGUUUGGACAGAGUAUGAGAGUGUGUUGAACGAAGAGCUGAAGGAACAGGUAAAGCGAGUGUUUGAGAAGAGGACUCUGCUGCUGGAGAUGUUUGAGAAGAGGAGAGUCAGUCUGACGAAGCUUGCAGCCAAACAGACACGCCCAGUCCAACCUGUGGCCCCCACACCAGAGGCCAUCAAAUCACCUCCCUCCUCCCCAGCUCUUAGAGUUCGUGAAAAGAGCUGCGCUACUAAAGAUGCAGAGAGAAACAGCACCCAUGAUGAAGAGUCCUCUGAACAGAACGGAGGUAACAGCCGUACAGCCUCUGUGUCCGAUGAAGAGGAAAACCUGACCGUCCUUCGCAGGCAUGUAAUGAAUGAGCUGCUGGAAACAGAAAGAGCGUAUGUGGAGGAGCUGCUCUGCGUAUUACAGGGUUAUGCCGCCGAGAUGGAAAACCCAGCCAUGGCUCCUCUCAUCCCUAACGUCCUGCAAAACAAGAAGGAUGUUCUGUUUGGUAACAUGCAGGAGAUCUACCACUUUCACAAAACGACAUUUCUGAGAGAGCUGGAGACGUACACUGACUGUCCGGAGCUUGUGGGACGCUGUUUUCUGGAGAGGAUGGGAGAUCUGCAGAUUUAUGAGAAAUACUGCCACAAUAAACCUCGAUCUGAGAGCCUCUGGAGACAGUGCUCAGACUGUGCAUUCUUCCAGGAAUGUCAGAAGAAACUGGAACACAAACUGGGUUUGGACUCUUACCUCCUAAAGCCGGUUCAGAGAAUUACUAAAUACCAGCUCUUGCUGAAGGAGAUGAUUAAGUACAGCAAAACCUGUGAGGGUUUGGUGGAGCUGCAGGCGGCUCUAUCCUCCUUGUUGGGAAUUCUGAAGGCUGUAAACGACUCAAUGCACCUCAUCGCCAUCACAGGAUACGAGGGUAACCUGGGUGUCCUCGGCCGGCUGCUGAUGCAGGGCUCGUUCAGCGUGUGGGCGGAGCAUAAGCGUGGUCAUGUGAAGAUGAUGGAGCUGGCACGCUUUAAACCCAUGCAGAGGCACCUGUUCCUCCACGAGAGAGCGCUGCUCUUCUGCAAGCGACGUGAGGAGAGCGGCGAGGGCUACGAGAAGGCCCCCUCCUACAGCUUCAAGCAGGAGCUCAGCAUGAGUGCCAUUGGAAUCACAGAGCAUGCCAAGGGAGAUAAUAAGAAGUUUGAAAUCUGGUCCAGCUCCAGGGACGAGGUUUACACUGUGCAGGCGGCGUCUGAGGAGGUUAAGACUGUGUGGGUAAGAGAAAUCCGAAAACUUCUAACCGGACAGCUGGAGGCGUGCAGAGAAGCCAGCCAGCAGAGGACUACUGAUCAGAUACCUUCAGAGAACAAUUCAAUUGACAGACUUGUCAGAGAUGGGCACAGCUUUCUGAGGAGGGAUGGAGGGAUGGAGAAACAGAGAACAGAAGAAGAAAAUGGGAAUGAACCCAGCAGCCCUGAGGGCUCUAAAGCAGAGCAAGCAGUGGGUUCGUUGCUUGGAACUGAGGCCAAAGCCAAACGGCAGGAGAUCAGAAGUGACCCAACUCCACUAGAAACAGGCGCACACCCCCAUUUGGGCGGAGUCAGGUGGUUAAGUACAUCAAGCCUCUUUCCGAACCGUAGGAGAGGAUGGAUCAAAGGCUCUCUUUCACUGGACGCAUCUAUGGAGAAUGACGGCUAUUUCAGCGCAGAGGAUCAGGUGACUUCCGAUCCUGAGGAAGAGCGGGAAAAGAAAGUGCCUGUAGAAAGACAUGAGAAUGUGACGACUGUAGAGGAAGAACCCAAACUGCCUGAAGAAGCUGAAGAUGGACACCAGUGAGAAGACCUUGAAUAUCGUGGUCCCAGGAGCCCUGUGUCCCAAAGCUACCACAAUCUUAGAAUGGAAGCCCCUGCCAUUUCUCGAGUUUUCCUCACUCAUUGGUCGUACAGCACAAAUGUUAAUCACUUCAUAUUAGCAACCUGAGCCAACAAUUGUACACACCUUCACGUGCUACAAGGUUCAUAUCCCUUUAAAACUGUGUGAACUUCCAGUGUUAAACUGUUUAUAGUGGUUAAGUCUAGUGCUCUCCAUAGUGAACAAAAGUCAGCGUUCCGUUUGCAUGAGUACAGUCUUAACCUCUGUGGAAAUUUAGCAUAUCAUAUAUGCAGAUAUUAUUGUUAGAACUGUGACUGCACUGGUUCACUGUUUGUAAAGUCUGUUAUUUGUCUACAGCUGUUGGUUGUAUGUUGUUUAUAUGUGUAUUUAAAGUAUAUAUAAAAUCCAAAA